GGCGUUGGGACGAGCGUUCGUACCAACACCAUACGUACCUGGAGGACGACGUAUGGGUAGAACGACGACUCAGGAGAGCAGUAUGCGGAGGAGUCGGUCGGUGGAAAGCGGUGGUGAGUGCGAGCGAACGGAUCCCGACGACACAAACACGUUGAUGAGGGAAUAUUUACUGCAAUUAGCGGAGGAAAGGAGGGAGAGAAUGGAACGGGAAGCGCAAGAUGAACGGAUGAGGAUCGAGGAGGCCGCUCGUUUGGAAAAAGAAAAGAAAAGGUUGGAGAGGCUGCGGGAGAAACAACAAUACGAAGAAGACAGGGACGCUCGCUUGUUAAUCAUGAUAGACGCUAAGAUACAGAGGGACCAGGAGGAGAGACGGAACCGCGGUGAGGUUGUGGGAAAACAAGGGAAGAAGGUGAACGAACUAGGAGAGCCCACUGAAGAAGAGAAAGAACGGUUGAGGAGGACGCUAGCAUUACACGAGAGCUUCCAGGCUGACGAAGAACUGCUAUUGGUAAGGAAACAGGCGGCCGGUUUACGGAUCCAUGAGAGGAUCGAGAAACGGAAGCGGGGGAAGGAGGUAGCAGUCGAGAAUAGUCCUCCGAUGAUUACUCCGGAGAAGAGGUCGAACAUGGCCCUGUCCGAUGAGUCGAGGAGGAGAAUCGAGGAGCUACGGAGUGCCCCGCCGGGGGAACCACAGACUUCAUCGACGCCUCGAAGGAUCGACUUGACGCUGAAGCACAUUUCGGCCUCCUGCGGACCUGGUGGGAAAGAAAGGUACGAAGCGGAGGUCCGGGAGUUUUAUGGCGCGCCGACGGUGGAGGAGCUCAAAGAGGUGUGUAAACGCGAGAAGGUGAAUUACGACAAACGUGAGAUCGCAAUCAAGAGAUUGGUGAUACAGAGGGUAGCCAUGGCAUACGAUGCGGUGUAUAUACCCUUGCCGGCUACACCGAAGAUGACGACCCGGAGCGCCAAGGCUGCGUCGGAGAAUGUGAAAGCGGAGGACACGUCAGAAGAUUCAAGUGAGACUGAAGAAGACGAAGGAGGCGGGGGUGACAAACGGCGACGGACACUAUACAACUGGCUCGGGAAGGUUGGCGCGCAGAAGUAUGUCGCCAUUCCGAUCUAUUUCAGCAGCGAGAGGUGCGAGCUCGAAGUCGUGGAGAGUACUUUGAUCAAACUAUGGUCACCGAGUCUCAAUACCCGAUAUACUGGAAGAAAGAAGACUUCAAAGAAGGGGAACAGGCGGUCGGGGAAGAGGGAACGGAGGAGGAAUCGAGGGGGUGAUGAUGAGGAAAGGGUGAAGAAGAAAGAAGGGAGGAAGGAACAUGAAAUCGGGAGAAUCUUGGAGAUUCAUAGAGUAGGGGAGGAGAAGGGGUCUAUGGGAAUUGUGCACCUUCUGAGAGAAGUGAGGGAGAAACAACCGAAAGAAGAAGUCAAGUUGGAAAGUAAUGGUGGGAAUGUAUGGGCAGAUGGGUGGAGGCUAGUUUAGAGACUAUUCGGAGAGUCAAGAGCGAAGUGCGGAAAGGG